UGUUACUUACUGUUACUGUUUCCGGGUCUUUGGAGAGCAACGUGUGGAGGCAACCCGCAUCUCGGCACCAAAACACUCCGACACUCCGAACCAAAGUGACCGAGCGGGAACGACUGUAGUCCGGCCUGACACAUCGGAGACACCGGAACGUCCUGCAGCCAUGGGCCCGCCUCGCUCGAAGAAGCGGCGGCCGACGUUUCGCCGCCUGCUGAAGACGAGCGGCGUGAAGCUGGAGAACAAGCUGAAGAACCGCCAGCUGAAGCAGCAGAACGUCGCCAAGAAGCAGCGCAAGGAGCAGAAAAGGCUGAGGCAGGCGGUGAAGGGCGCCGUGGGCGAAACGCCCCGCCCCCUGGAGACGUACAGGAAGAGACCAGAGGAGGAGGAGGAGGAGGAGGAGUUUCUGGAGAGCCUGCCCACAGACAUGAUGGAGCAGGAAGACCUGCAGCAGAUGACCGCCAUGGCUCGCCAGGCGUCCUUCAUCACCAGGGACCUGUCGUCAUGCGGGCCGGUGCAUGGCGGGAAGAAGCGGAAAUCGGACGUAGCUCGCAGCUACGAGAAGGUUCCCAGGAAGAUGGCGAGGACGGAGGAAAAGGAAGUGAUCCACCUGCUGCCGAUCAAAGACAAGACGGGCGUGAUCCCACAGAGCGUCGAGAGGGUGGUGGCGAAGCAGCCGGAGGAGGAGGAGCAGGGGGAGGAGCAGGAGGAGGAGCCUGAUGACGUCGACGCAGAGGCGGAGCCACCGAGCUGCCAGGAGAUGACGCCGGCGCAGAGAGAGCGGCUCAGGAAUCAGAAGCUCAAUGAGAGGAAGCUGACCAUCGCCGGCCUGGCGUCGGCCAUCGUGUCGGACCCCAUCGGCAGCAUAAAGCGCGUGAAGGAGCUGCGGGGGAUGCUGAUGGAGGCCGACCCCAGCGUGGCGGUGACGGUCAGAAAGCUGGUGAUGGUGUCUUUGAUGGAGGUCUUCAAAGACAUCGCCCCCACCUACAGGAUCCGACCUCUGACCUCAGCGGAGAAGACCGCUAAGGUGAAGAAGGAGACGCAGGUGCUGCGAGAGUUCGAGGAGGGUUUGGUGAGUCAGUACAAGUUCUACCUGGAGGACCUGGAGCAGACCGUCAAAGACUGGAAGCAGAAGAAGAAGAAGCGCAGUCAGGCGGUGGCGCUGCAGGCGUACGGCGGGCUGGCCGAGGUCGCCGUACGCUGCCUGUGCGAGCUGCUCGUCGCUCUGCCUCACUUCAACUUCCACAACAACGUUGUGGUCGUCCUGGCGCCGCUGAUGAACGACUCCACCAAGAAGGUGUCCGGCAUGUGCUGCGACGCGUUCAGGAAGCUCUUCCAGCAGGACAGAGCGGGCGGGGCCUCGCUGGCCACGGUGCGAGUCAUCUCCGGCCUCGUGAAGAGCCUGAACUACAACGUCCGACCCGAGCUCUGUAGUACUACUAUAGUGCUGAAUAUGAUGUCAUUUCCUGUCAGUUUUGCUCACCUCAUCAACCUGGAGUUCUUUGAUGACCUGCUCAACGUGCUGCAGGACCUCAUCCAAGCAGGAGAUUUGUCCAAUAAGGAGACGCUGCACUGCAUCCAGACCGUCUUCACCAUCCUGUCAGGACAAGGUGACGUCCUGAACAUCGACCCGCUCAACUUUUACUCUCAGUUAUAUAAACUGCUGCCCAGGCUCCACGCAGGGGCGCCCAAUGAUGACGCCAUCAUUGUACUGCGGUGUCUGGACGCAAUGCUGACCCGCCGCAGGAAGCAGGUGACCCUACAGAGGGCGAUGGCGUUUGUCAAAAGGCUGAGCACGAUCAGUCUGCACGUAAUGCCCAACGCCAGCGUGGGAAUUCUUGCCGCCAACCGAGCCACGAUGCAUUCCUUCCCAAAGUGUGACUUCCUGCUGGACAACGAGAUUCAGGGCAGUGGGUUCUAUCUGCCGAAGCUCGACGAACCUGAACACUGCAACGCUCAGAACACAGCACUGUGGGAGCUACACACACUGCAGAGACAUUACCACCCGGUCGUGCGGCGGUUUGCAGUCCACCUGAGUCAGGGCGCUCCCUCUGAAGGCUCGGCGGCGCUCAGUGCGGAGCUGAGUCGCAGGUCAUCUGUGGAGCUGUUUGACGACUACAGCAUCAAAGAUAUGACCUUUAACCCCCCUGUAGCAUCACGAAGCCUCAAGAAGAAGGGUCAUUUUGUGGUCGGAGCGACGCUGCUUGACGCCGAGUUGCAGAGAAGAAUCGAGCGCGCCCUGACCGCCGCCGAGGACACACAGCUGGACUUUACUGCAGCGCACACACACAAAUCCACCCAGCACUGACACACACACAUAAAAUAAAACAACAUUUUAUGGCCAUCAGGAGAGGAAGUACAGCUGCAACCUGAUAGGCAGACCUUCAAAAUAAAAGCCCAAAGCCCUUCAGGGGUGGAGUUGGACUGUUUUCAUCAUGUUGAUGUGAAGAGUUGUGAUGUUGGGCAACCCGAUGAGUCGAUGCGGAGUGCCCGGUUUGAUCGCCAUGACUGUGCUGUUUAAAUGUCAGAUAUUAAAAAUAAAGACCAGAAAAACUCUU